CUGCUUUUCCCCCAAUUAGAACUUUUCACUCUCCUUUUCCCCCACUUUUAACUUUUCACUCCUUCAGCCCCUCCAUUCCUCGUGGCGUCCUCACUGUCCUAUUUAUGUGAAUCUGAGACAGUUUUUCUUCAAUCCUCGUCUUAUUCUUCCACAGACUGGGAUCGAAACUCAAUUAGAUAUGGGUUGUCGAUUCCAGGUUUCGCUGCUCUUCCUCUGCUUUUCCCUCCUGCUUCUAGGAGGCAGAGCAGAGCAAGAGCAAGAGCAAGAGCAAGAGCAAGAGCAGUUUUACAAUGGGAGCAGCUCAGGAGAUAGAAUGCUUGUGGGUAGCUGCAAUUUGUUUCAAGGAAGCUGGGUUUUUGAUGCUUCCUAUCCUCUUUAUGAUUCUUCUAGCUGUCCCUUUAUAGAUCCAGAAUUCAAUUGCCAAAAGUAUGGAAGACCAGAUAAGAUCUACCUCAAGUACAAGUGGAAGCCACUGGGUUGUGAUCUCCCAAGGUUUAAUGGGUUGCAAUUCCUGAUGAACUGGAAAGGGAAGAAGAUUAUGUUUGUGGGUGACUCACUGAGCCUAAAUCAGUGGGAAUCACUAAACUGCUUGAUUCAUGCUUCAGUGCCCAACGCAAGGACCACUGUUGUGAGGACUGGCACUCUUUCUUCUGUAACAUUCAUGGACUAUGGAGUUACGGUGCUCCUAUAUCGGACACCAUACCUUGUGGAUCUAGUAAGUGAAAAAGUGGGGCUGGUUCUAAAGCUCGAUUCCAUCCAAGCUGGGAACGCAUGGAAAGGCAUGGAUAUGUUGAUCUUCAACUCUUGGCACUGGUGGACUCACACAGGAAGAAGUCAACCGUGGGACUACAUACAAGAAGGUAAAAAUUUGUACAAAGACAUGGAUCGUCUGAUUGCUUACUAUAAAGGGCUAACUACGUGGGCCAGAUGGGUAAACCUCAAUGUGGAUCCCACCAAAACUAAGGUCUUCUUUCAGGGAAUCUCUCCCACCCAUUACCAGGGAAAGGAUUGGAAUCAACCAUCGAAAAGCUGCUCAGGAGAGUUGCAGCCAUUAUCAGGGCCGAUAUAUCCGGGUGGCAUACCACCGGAAGCGAUUGUGGUGAACAAAGUGUUGGGAAGAAUUAGGAAACCAGUGUAUCUAUUGGACAUAACAAGGCUAUCACAGCUCAGAAAGGACGCACACCCCUCCACUUACAGUGGUGACCAUAGUGGUCUCGAUUGCAGCCAUUGGUGCCUCCCUGGACUUCCAGAUACUUGGAACCAGCUUCUCUACGCUGCUCUUACCGGCGUUUGACAAUCCCUCGCCGCCGAUAAUGAUGAUGAUGAUGAUAAUAUGAUAUGAUAUGAUGAAUUGCCAUUCUUAUAACUCACAGCAUUGUUUGCCCCCACAUUUUUUUUUCCUUCUUUUUUUUUAGAAUUUAGUUUUUUUUUUUUUUUUUUUUUUUCGCCCUUUGUGAGAGUAGGUAAUAAUGGGGCUGAUCAUCUAUCGAAUUGUAAAGUAAAUGUCUGUUUGAUGCCCCACCAGCUUGGAGGUUGUUACUUUUUAUGAGGUUGUAACCAACCUCAACUAUACCUUUUAUGGUCAUGAAAGUACCAUUUAUAUUGGAUGGUUCA